AUGAUCAUGGAGAUGGAGAAACUGCCCAUGUGCAGAGCCUCCAUCCUCAGUGUCAAAGGGGGAAUCCUCUGCGUCGACGGCACAAGAAAGAUCCUCAAGAAGAUCUAUGGGGAAGGUCAGGACUCCAUGCAGUAUGUGACCAGCGUUCUGAACGAGUGGGGCCAGUUCCUGACAACAGUGGUGAUGGCAGCGGAGUCUGAAGUCUGCUACAGACGCAUGGCCAAAGCGAUGAUGAUCACCUACCAGGACACCAACUACAGGCGCUCUAUUACAGCUGAAGAGCGCCUGUCCAUCUGUCUGCGGUUUCUUGCCACUGGGGACUCCUACAGGACCAUAGCGGGGAGCUUCAGAGUGGGCAUAUCCACCAUCUCCAUGCUCAUCCCAGAUGUGGUGGCAGCCAUCUGGGACUGCCUCGUGGAGGAGUUCAUGGCUGUGCCUGGAGCAGAGGAGUGGAGGUCCAUAGCGCAGGACUUUGAGACUAUAGAGGGGCACAGGAGCCUGCAGCUGUGGACCAUAGAGGGGCACAGGAGCCUGCAGCUGUGGACCAUAGAGAGGCACAGGAGCCUGCAGCUGUGGACCAUAGAGGGGCACAGGAGCCUGCAGCUGUGGACCAUAGAGAGGCACAGGAGCCUGCAGCUGUGGACCAUAGAGGGGCACAGGAGCCUGCAACUGUGGACCAUAGAGGGGCACAGGAGCCUGCAGCUGUGGACCAUAGAGAGGCACAGGAGCCUGCAGCUGUGGACCAUAGAGGGGCACAGGAGCCUGCAACUGUGGACCAUAGAGGGGCACAGGAGCCUGCAGCUGUGGACCAUAGAGGGGCACAGGAGCUCUGCUGCUGUGGACCAUAGAGGGGCACAGGAGCCUGCAACUGUGGACCAUAGAGGGGCACAGGAGCCUGCAGCUGUGGACCAUAGAGGGGCACAGGAGCUCCGCUGCCACAGUGAGCGCUUCUCGGACAUGAGCGCGGCCCUUCGCCUUCUGUCUCCAGAGAACCGCACGGCUCGGCCCCUGGACAGCUUCAGGGCCUUCUCCAGGAUCAUGUGUGGUCAUCCGGAGUCGGGCGAGCGCAUCCCCUCCCUUAACUGGUACGAAGACAACGACAUCAAGUCUUUCCUGGGCAAGAACGGUACCGAUCAGAGCGACGCGGAGCAGGAUGCCAACAUGACCUCCUUCUGUAAGUCCAUGAUCCAGGGCCUGGAGUCCAACCCUCUGACCCGGAUUGUGUGGAGGGGACUCAAACCUCUGCUCAUCGGGAAACUGCUGUACGCUCCCAACAGCCCUGCAGUCCUACCGGUCAUCAAGGAGAUGAAUAAGACGUUUGAGCAGCUGCAGAUCCUCCAGGAUCUGAACGAGGCCUGGCUAGAGCUGGGCCCUGAGGUCUGGGACUACAUGGAGACCAGCGUGGAGGUGCGGCUGCUGCAGGACUUGCUAAGACGUCCUGAAGUGGCCGUGCUGGUGAACCUGCGGCUGGAGAACACAUCGUGGACGGCCUCCAGGAUUGCCCGCUUCCUGUCCCCCCCACAGACCCCCCCUCAGAGCCCCGGGGCAGAGCUCACCUGGAGGGACAUCUACCACGACCUCAACCGCACCAUCAGCACCCUGGCACAGGUCACCGAGUGCUUCUCCAUGGAUAAGCUGGAGGGCCUGGAGAGCGAGGGCCAGCUGGUGCAGAGGGCUCUGGAGCUGCUGGAGGACAGGCAGUUCUGGGCCGGGGUGGUGUUCCUUCUGCCUAACAGCUCAUCCCCUGAGCUGCCUCCACACGUCCAGUACAAGAUCCGCAUGAACAUCGACGACGUGACGCGCACCAACAAGAUCAAGGACAGGUUCUGGGAUCCCGGACCGGCCGCAGACCCCUUCAGUGACAUGCGGUACGUCUGGGGCGGCUUCGUGUACGUGCAGGACCUGGUGGAGCGUGCAGUCACCACAGUCCUGACUGGAGCCUCUCAGACCAUCGGCCUCUACGUGCAGCAGAUGCCCUACCCCUGCUACGUGGAUGACGUGUUUCUGCGCGUGCUGAACCGCUCUCUGCCCCUCUUCAUGACGCUGGCCUGGAUCUACUCCGUGGCCAUGAUCAUCAAAGGCGUGGUGUACGAGAAGGAGGCGCGGCUGAAGGAGACCAUGCGCAUCAUGGGCCUGAGCUCCGGGACUCUGUGGCUCAGCUGGUUCAUCUCCUCCCUGGUUCCCUUCCUGGUGUCCGCGGCGCUGCUCAUCGCUCUGCUCAAGUGGGGGGACAUCCUGCCCUACAGCGACCCGUCCGUGGUCUUCUUCUUCCUGUCGGCCUUCGCCACCGCCACCAUCAUGCAGUGUUUCCUGAUCAGCACCUUCUUCUCCAAAGCCAACCUGUCGGCGGCGUGUGGAGGCUUCAUCUACUUCAGCCUGUACCUGCCGUACGUGCUGUGUGUGGCCUGGAGAGACCGCCUUACCAGCACGCACCGCAUCCUCGCCAGCUUCCUGUCCCCUGUGGCCUUCGGCUUUGGUUGUGAGUACUUCUCCCAGUUUGAGGAGCAGGGCGUGGGCAUCCAGUGGUCCAACCUGGGGCUGAGUCCUGUGAGCGGAGACAAGUACAGCUUCGCUACGUCCAUCUCCAUGCUCUACGCCGACGCUUUCAUCUACGCCGUGACCGCCUGGUACAUCGAGGCCGUGUUCCCAGGAGAGUACGGCAUCCCCAGACCCUGGUACUUCGUGUUCCAGAUGAACUUUUGGAGCGGGCUUCCUCUGGAGGUGGGCAUGCCCCUCCCCCCUGCGCCCGCAGAACAGGACCAAGACCACAUCGAGCCGGACCCCUCAGACCUGGUCCAGGGCGUGAGCAUCAGAAACCUGGUGAAGAUCUAUAAGAAAGGCGGGAAAGUGGCCGUGAACCACCUCAACCUGAAGUUCUACGAGGGUCAGAUCACAUCUUUCCUGGGACACAACGAAGCGGGGAAGACCACCACCAUCUCAGUCCUGACCGGCCUGUUCCCUCCUUCCUCUGGGACAGUGUACAUCGGGGGGAUGGACAUUCGCCACAACAUGGAUUACAUCCGCAGGACUCUAGGGGUGUGUCCCCAGCACAACGUCCUCUUUGACAUUCUGACGGUGGAGGAGCACGUGUGGUUCUAUGGUCGUCUCAAAGGUCUGUCUGAGGAGGAGGUCCGGCAGGAGCUGGACACUCUGCUGGAGGAUGUGGGACUGCUACACAAGAAACGGGAGCAGGCCAAGAACCUCUCUGGUGGGAUGCAGAGAAAGCUGUCGGUGGCCAUUGCGUUCGUAGGAGGCUCCAAAGUGGUGGUUCUGGACGAGCCCACCGCUGGAGUGGACCCUUACUCCAGAAGAGGCAUCUGGGAUCUGCUUCUCAAGUACCGCAAAGAUCGCACCAUCAUCCUCUCCACUCACUACAUGGACGAGGCAGAGCUGCUGGGGGACCGCAUCGCCAUCAUCUCCCAGGGCCGGCUCUGCUGCUGUGGGACCCCCCUGUUCCUGAAGUCCCACCUGGGCUCUGGGUACUACCUGACCGUGGUGAAGAGGGACGGGGCCAGUGCCAGUCACUCAAGCGUGUGCACUAGCAGCAGCAGCACCAGCAGAGUGCCUCCUCCCAACAAGCCUCCGGACACAGAAUCCUCCAUGCGUGAAGACACAGGUCUGGGCAGCGAGGACAACGGCUCCAGCGUGGGGGCCCUGCUGUCCCUGGCUCAGCAGAUGGUCCCUGGGGUCCGUCUGGUGGAGGACCAGGGCUCCGAGGCCGUGUUGAACCUGCCUCAGUCUGCGGUGAAGGACUGCAGUCUGGCCCUGUUCCUCUCGGAGCUCGAGCUGAGGCUACAGGAGCUGGGCCUGCGGAGCUAUGGCCUCUCACACAGCUCUCUGGAGGAGCGGUCUGUUUGUGCCAUAGGUCCAGAACCAGCAGAGACAGACCCCCUCAGCGCGGGCGGGCAGUGUGGGCUCCCCCUGGUGGGCUGGAGGCUCACGCUGCAGCAGUUGCGAGCGCGUUUCAUCAAGCGCUGGCUGUACGCACGCAGGAGCCGUCGCGGCCUCUUUGCUCAGCUCAUGUCAGAAGUGGACAUUCCGCACGACACACUAUGA